CCCAUCAUCAAAACAUCUUCUCCUCUCUUCUUUCACCUCACUCCGUCACCCUCUCAUCAGGCAGUGGAAACCCAAUUAUCUCUCUCUCACACACACGUUCUCGUCAUUUAAGAACACAUCAUCUUGACGGCGAAAUUCGAAUCGUUUUUCUUUCUGCAAGAUGCCAUAUCGAGGUUUCAGCACCGGCCAUCUGGAUCUGUUGACGUGGCUUCCUGUUGCAGUGAUCGUUGGCUUGUUGAUGGUGAUGGCGCUGUCCUGCUGGGCCGCCAAGCACGCUCUUCUGUGGAAAAGGAGAGCUGAGGAAGCCACAGCGAUCGCCGGCGGGAAGUGCGCCUAUGUCGAAGCAGACGGAGGUCGGAUCUUCGCCACGGAUGUAAAACAAGCUUCAGCCAUCGAGGUUCCUGCCAGUCGAGCUUCAGGAUUUGAGAUUUCACCCAAUCGUCCUCCAGCCUUGGAUUUUGUAUCUCCCAAUCGUCCUUCAACCCUAAAUAUUCCUCCCCAACCUGCCCCAAGCACGAGUAUUCCUCCCCACCAACACCAAACUAUAAAUAUUCCUCCCGCUCGCCACCACAAGACCUCAUCGAUCGACACUCCUUCAGGAAAUCCCAAAACAUUUAAAAAACACCAAGGCACCGCAUCUCGCGAGAGCAAAUGCAAUAUAGCUUUUAAGAUCUCUGUCGUUGGAGAGGAAUUUCAAAUGUGUUCCUUAUGUGGCAAUGUUAAAAGAUGCAAGGGACAUGUUUAUCCACCAGGACAACAUACUGACUACCCUGUCCUCCAUGGUUGUUCAUCUUUCAGCGACGUGACUGUUAGUGCAAUGGGUCAUGUCUAAUGUUUAAUAAAUUGGUAUA